UGCAGGGGGCAGACAUUACACGCUCGCAUCUUUCGCUUCUUUCCAUCAUGUCUGGACGCGGAAAAGGUGGGAAGGGUCUUGGAAAAGGAGGCGCUAAGCGCCACCGCAAGGUACUGCGCGACAACAUCCAGGGCAUCACCAAGCCGGCCAUUCGUCGCCUGGCCCGGCGUGGCGGUGUCAAGCGCAUCUCCGGCCUCAUUUAUGAGGAGACCCGCGGGGUGCUGAAGGUGUUCCUGGAGAACGUGAUCCGGGACGCCGUCACCUACACCGAGCACGCCAAGCGCAAGACCGUCACCGCCAUGGACGUGGUCUACGCGCUCAAGCGCCAGGGACGCACCCUUUAUGGUUUUGGAGGCUAAGUUCGAGCUCUGUAAGCCCUUUUUUGAAGUACAGUGGAAGAAAGAGCCAGGAAAACAUCAUCCCAAGGGAAAAAAAAAAAAAAAAAAAAAGCAAGUAAUUAAAGAAGUUUGGGGCCUGUUCCAAGUGAAGAGAGUAAAGCAACAGAGCAACUAAAAUACCACGUGUUGAUUGGAUCCUGGCUCUAUAGAUGAAGCUAUAAAGGGCAUUUCCAAGAGAGUUGAGGACAUCUGAAUGUGGACUGGCUGUAGAUAAUUGUACAAUUUUUUUUUCUAGAUUUGAUAUUAUUAGGAUUAUAUGGAGAAUUUCUUUAUUCUAGUGUGUAAUGCUAAAAUACUUAGGGGUUAAGUCUUAGGUCUCAUUUUUUCAACUUUUUCGUUUGAAUAUAUAAUAAAAUUUCGGGAAAAAUUAAGCAGGUGACUACGUGUUGGAAACUCAUCUGUGUCACUGUGAGAGGUUGUUGAACAUAUGACUGUAAACGUCUGUGUCUGCAGAGAGGGGAAAUAAAUUUUUUAUUUUAUUUUUAGAACCCUAUGGCAUCCUCAAAUAUGUAAGAGAAGAGAGAAGGAACCUUUUGAAUCAAGCAAUUUAGUAAGUCAUGAUAAGUUCUCUUGCUCCCAGUAUAGUUGGCAAAGUGCCACCACUUGAAGGACAAGCACAAGAAGAAUCAGCUUAGGUCUCAAGGACAGGCAGCACAUUGGGACCCUCUGUUUUCUGUUUACUUUUCCCUCUGCUCUACAAUAAUUUGGUAGCAGUCAUCAUUCCAUAGCAUGGCUCUUUUCCAUUCACCAGAGGCUUAAUCCUACCCUCCAUGGUUUCUCUAGCUCUGGGAUAGAGUUAGGGUAACUGGACCCUGUGUUGUGCAUGCCACAGAGCAGCCAACAUGAGAAAUGACUGCUUAAGUAUUCCACUUUUGCUCAGGUAUAAUAUUAUCGAAGAGAGCUGGUUUCUGGGUCCAAAGAAGCUCAUCACAAAAUUUACCACUGUUCUGAAAAUGGAUUCCAAACAAAUUUUUCUGUACAAGUUUAUUUUAGGUUUGAAAGGCUCAAAACAGGCAAUACACGUCUGCAUUUGGGGAAAAAAAAGUCUGUUAAUACAGGUUUUCUCUC